GCGUUAAACAUGCUGCCAGUGAAAUUUAUCGGCCUAGUGCCUUCUAAAUAGUUAAAGACAAUCCAGAAUUUAAACGAAGAGCAUCAAAUACGCCUGUUUUAAACAUUGGGUGUUGGCGAUAUUUAUUCAUUAAGCUUGAACUUAAUGGAUGUUCUUCAUACAGCAGUGAAGUCUGUACCAGGGCUAUGUGGGUGAGUGUUAUUCUAACUGAUCCCCAUUACAGAAUGGGUUGCGAAAUUUGGAAUAAGUAAGCGGCAAGACAUUAACCGCUCUCCGUUCAACUCUUCAUCUAGAUAUCUAGAUAUACCUAAACACCGCCUAGAAGCCUCGUCUCCUAAUGAUUAUAGUUGCCUGGCAAUGACCUUGCCUGGUGAUACCACGAUGAUGCCUAAGAGCCUCAUCAUUCUAAUACGUGCAGCACUAUGUUGAAAGAGCGUUUGAAACUCCUAAUCACACUCUCUUUUUCGUUCUCAACGCGUCUUCCAUUUCAUGAAAAACUUAGAGAACAAUUGCAACUCCGGUACAAUUGAUAAAAGGUCUUACCAUAGCCAAAGCACUCAUUACAACAACCUAAUCCUUGUCCACAAGGGUACAAAUCAACUAUACAUUUACGUAUAGAGGAGACUAAUAAUCUUCUGGGUAUAAUCUACUUCCAGUAGAUUUGAAGCGUCAUACCUGCCAGCCCAUCUAUAAUGGCGUCUGACUCCAGGACCCCUCUUGACUAUGUCAAAAACCGAAAAUGUAUCCACAAAGCCGCCAGCGACAUCAAAUACAAUAUCCCGGAAGACCCAGCUUGGUGGUUCUUCAACAAUGCUGCCGAUAAGUUCCUUCAGAGUUCCGAGUCAGCCCUUAGCGUCGUCCAUCACGAACACCCCUACGAGGCGGGGCAUCGCAUAGCCACAGAUACCGUUCGCUUUUAUCAUGAUGUAUUACAGAAAGAUAGGAUCCGUGGAUGGGAAAAAGUUCAAAAGGUUCAACCCGUGCUUUUCAUCUCAUCUUCCUUCGCGAGGUCACAAUGUUCGGUAAACCGAGAGGGGCGUCCGCUUAAGGUGAAUAUGGAGCGCGUGAUCUUCGAGUUUCUCGAGGGAUUCCGCCCGUUUAUCCCGCAGAAUUGGGCCUUCGUGUAUAACGCAGGCAGGGACAGGCUCGGCACGAUGGAGCGUAUCCCACACCUCCAGCUCCCAAGUAGUCAGUCCACUUUUGGAAAGCACCUCUUGGUUUUAGUGGGACUAGAGAAUGCCAAUACACCCGAACAAGAGGUUACGUUUAGACGUUUCAUUAGGGUCAUCGAAAAGCACUUCGUCAGAAACGGGUUGGGGAAAGUCUUGCUCGUCUGUCGUAAGCCAUUUGACAUUACUGGCAUGCUAAGGGACGCCACUUCCGUCAUAGAUAUCAUGGGGAAAUAUGUACCAGAAGAACCAAUCACUGAGAAUAAUCAAGUAGAUCAGCCAUGAUAAUCUUCGUAGAUAGGUAUUGAUAAGUUAGUAUAGACCGUAUAUCGUAAGGUUUGAUAGUCCUAUUAUACCCAUACAAGGUAGCUUUAUAAAGAAUGCUCGUCUCCCUAUGGUGAAAUUCGAAUGAUAAGCUUCGAUAUGCGAUAUAUAUGAAACAUAU